AUGGAGGGGGAAGACCUAAGUGAAAGAGGACUGUCACAGAUUGCUUCAAUCAUGAAUAGAGUGAGAGACUUGAAAAACAAAUACAGAAAUGAAGAUAAUAUCACCGAUGAGCUUAACUGUACUAAAAUCUCAACUGAUACAACAGAUAACUCUGGAACUGUUAAUCAAAUAAUGAUGACAACAAAUAGUCCAGAAGAUUGGCUGUGCUUUUUGCUUAGGCUGGAGAAAAAGGGUAUUCCUCAGAUGGAUGUUAGCCUGCUGAAUAGACUCAUUGGUCGUUACAGUCAAGCGGUGACUGCAUUGCCUGCAGAAAAGCAUAGUCAAGAUGAGAGCUAUGCUCGCAUCCUUGUCAGAUUUGCUGAGCUGAAAGUUCUUCAAGAUCCAGAGGAGGCACGGGACCAAUUUCAUCUGGCCAGACUGAACUGCAAGAAAUUUGCUUUUGUGCAUGUGGCUUUUGCACAGUUCGAACUAUCACAAGGAAAUACAAAGAAGUGUAAGCAGCUCCUUCAGAAAGCUGUGGAGUGCUCUGCUGUUCCACGAGAAAUGCUGGAAACUGCUCUACAAAACUUUCAUUCACAGAAAAAGCAGUUGCUUUCAGAUGAGGAGAAGGAGAACUUCACAGUAUCAAGUACACAAGAGUCUGGAAUUCAGAGUACAGUUGGAAAUCACAGAAGCAUGAAAAGGAAUGAUUCUGGUGAAAAUUCUUCUACUGGUACCAGACAUUUGCUUGGGGAGGAGAAAUCACAGGAAUUCGAUGCUCUAGUUAAUUGCCACAAUCCAUUAAGACCACUAAACAAAUCUAACCAGGCCUGCUCUUUUGGGAGGGUUCCUGUUAAACUAGUGACUGAUGAUGAUGAUGAUGAUGUGAAGGCGGAGGAUCUUCCACUUACAGCUAGUGUUAUGAGAAGGCAAAUAUCCAACUCCAAAUGUACAGCCUUCAUUGCACCUUUUCCGCUAUCAGAAUCAAAAUCUAGUGGGGGUGAUUCAUGUGACCUGGGAGACUUACAGUCAUUAAGAAAACAAAAUUCUUUACAGUUGCAGAUGUUGGAUGAGAACAGCUUAGAAACAGCUACAAAUUCAACUAUAACUCUCAAAACCAAAAUGGAUACAAGUCUUGCAAUGAAAAAAGGAGAAAAUAAAGUCCAGCAUCAGGAGCUGAAGAUAUCAGAGCCAAGGAGUCUGGAAAGUCAAGAGCAACAAUUCAGUUCUGGUGAAAGCUAUAGAAAGCAGUUGGAACAGAUUAGACUAAACUGUGUUAACGCCAGAAAAAAAUGGCCAAGUCAAGAAGUGACACAGAAAAGCUGCUAUAGAGAGGGAAAACAAUCAAGCCUUGAACAAUCUGGUUAUCCCGUUUCAAAAGGAUUGUCACCACCAGAUGCUGUUUCUAAGAAGAGUGAUCUGUCACGUGUUUGUGGAACACCAAGCACCACAUGUAAUGAUUAUAUGGACUGUUUCAGAACGCCAGUUGUAAAGGACAACUUUCUACCAGGAUGUCAGAUUUCUACUCCCUACAGCCAGAUCCCACAUUUCCUACCACAUACUCCAGCAGCACCCUUUCAAAACCAAAUUGGCUUGCAGGUUCCAGCUUCUGUACCUUCACAUGAAUGCCUUACCAUCAAAGGAAGAGUUUAUACGAUAUUAAAGCAAAUAGGUAGUGGAGGCUCAAGUAAGGUAUUUCAAGUACUGAAUGAAAAGAAGCAGCUGUAUGCUGUCAAAUAUGUGAAUCUAGAGGAAGCUGAUCAACAGACUGUUGAGAGCUAUAAGAAUGAAAUUGCUCAUUUGAGUAAACUGCAACAACACAGUGAUAAGAUCAUCCGCCUGUAUGGCUAUGAAAUUACUGAUCAUCAUAUCUACAUGGUAAUGGAGUGCGGAAAUAUUGAUCUCAACAGCUGGCUCAAAAAGAAAAAAAAUAUUGAUCCUUUGGAACGAAAGAGUUACUGGAAAAAUAUGCUGGAAGCUGUUCACACAAUCCAUGAAUAUGGCAUUAUUCACAGUGAUCUGAAACCAGCAAACUUUCUGAUAGUUGAUGGAAUGUUAAAAUUAAUUGACUUUGGCAUUGCAAACCAAAUGCAGCCUGAUGUGACAAGCAUCAUUAAAGAUUCUCAGGUUGGCACAAUGAAUUAUAUGCCACCCGAAGCAAUAAAAGAUAUGUCUUCCUAUGGAGAAAAUGGGAAAUCUCGAUCUAAGAUAAGUCCCAAAAGUGAUGUGUGGUCAUUGGGAUGCAUUUUGUACUGUAUGACAUAUGGAAGGACUCCAUUUCAACAUAUAACAAAUCCAAUUAAUAAACUGCAUGCUAUCGUUGAUCCUAGUUAUGAAAUAGAAUUUCCAGAUACUCCCGAGAAGGAUCUUCAAGAUGUGCUGAAGCGCUGUUUAAUAAGAAAUCCUAAACAAAGAAUAUCUGUUUCGGAGUUGCUGAUACAUCCCUAUGUUCAAAUUCAAAGUCAUUGUCAAACAGGUGUUCCAAAUGCAAAAGGAACAACGGAGGAAAUGAAACGUAUCCUUGGCCAGCUUGUUGGCUUGAAUUCUCCCAACUCUAUUUCUAGAGCUGCUAGGACUUUAUAUGAACAGUGCAACAGUGGUAAAAGUCUUGAUGUAUCAGCAUUUGCAAAACUUGGGAGUCAAAAACCAUGGACAACGAAAUGA